UUUUAUUGGUGGAGUAUUUGUAUUAAUUUUACGUAUUUUUUGCAGCUACUUUUUGCGCUGUUAAAAUAGGCUUAUUUUUGUAUAUUUAUAUGCUAUUGCAAGAUUACAGAUUUUUACAUGCUAGGCCAAAGAAAGUUGACAAUAGAUUAAAAUUUUUUUGAAAGGCUCUCAAAAAGCAAACUUCGUCGAAUCAGAAGGAAUAAUAAAAAUACUUCAACAUCAACUGCAACAACAACAACAACUGCAACAAAACUCCAGAAUGUCAGACCGCAACAACAACAGCCAAAUAAAAACGAACGAAAGCUCCGACAAACUCGGCGAUAUAAAGUCGGUAAAAAAGCUGUCGGUACCUUAUAUCGAAGAUAGGAGGAGAUCGGCCUCCAGCAUCGGUCAUCACGGACGCACGGUUCUUUGCGCUGUCGAUCCUAGCGGCCACUCUAGAGAUGCUUUCGACUGGUAUUUGAAGAACAUUUGGAGGAGUGAUGACCUCGUUGUAGUUGCCUACUGUCCGGAAACUCCAAGUCUACCGUCCUUGACAUUCAAAAAAGGUUUGGCGCCCCCAACCGAGAAGUGGAAGGAAAUAUUGGACGACACGAACACGAAAACCAGACAGCUGGAAGAAGAUUAUGAAUAUCUUUGUAGAGAGAAGAAGCUCGUUUACAAGAUAACAGGAGAAUCCUUUAAAAACCCUGGAGAGGGCAUUUGUAAGAUAGCCGAAGACGAAAAGGUGCACAUGAUCGUGAUGGGAAGCAGAGGAAUGGGUGGGCUUAAGAGAUUCCUUCUCGGAAGUGUCAGCGAGUAUGUCGUCCGAAAUUCCAGGAUUCCGUGCAUUGUCAUUCCAGGUUAAGAAGACGAAAAAUGGGACGAACGUGGAACAAAUUUGGGGCAUAAUUUAUGUAAUUUAGGGGCGAAGUUUGAGGAUAAUAUUGGGUAAAAUUUGGGUGAAGAUGGUUUCGUGGUCAAAUUUUAGAUGUUUUUGAAGAUAAUUUCUAGCGUGGCUUGAUGUUGCGAUACUAUAACAUUUAUACUUUUUUAGAUUGUGUGAUGUUUUUUUAAGAAUUUUGAUAACAAUUAUUUAACAAAUUUUUCGAUUUUUAUAUUAAAACGUGCCUCGCUAUUUAAGACUAUUAUUUAAUUGUAUCUGAUUUACAUAUCUGCUGAUUUAUUGAUUGAUUUUUAUACUUGUCGUUUAAUACGGUAGGUAAAAAUGUUAGUAUAUAUAUAUACAUAUAUAUAUAUAUAUAUAUAUAUGUGUAUAAGUACGUAUGUAUUUACGUAUAUGUGUGUGCAUGUAUAUAUAUAUACAAUUUAGUUAACGAAUAAACCAAAAAAUAUGUUUGAUCUGCAGUUUUUUUUUCAUUUUGAAAAAUAUAAUUGAAAAA